GUAGUCAAGCCACAUACUCCGUUAAUUAAGUUCCCAGACCGAAAAAGUAGUCCCAGACCUAAAAUACAGGAAUCUCUACAAGCAAGCGUGCCAUCUCUCCUUGCUUCAAAAGCACAGGAAUCUUCAGGAGGCAGUUCGCUGGCAUUUCAAAAUAUGUCACCUAUUAGACUACAAGGUACACCAGACACUUCUGAAUUAGCAAGAACCUUACCUCAGAAGUACAGAAGGAAACUCAUGUCAGAUGAAGAGAUUGAAUAUAUUCAACGUGGAGGCCCAGAGUGA